CGAGAAUGGACGUGUCACUGAUUUAAAUAAAAAGUUAAAAGUGCUCACGCGACUAUAAGCCGUCAGGACAGAGUUAUUGAGUUUGGAUUCCGCAUACACAAAAAGAAAUAUUUGUUAUUAUAUCUUCCAUACCGUCGCGCUCGCCCGGCCAGCCACGCCUCCGUGCUAGACAGAGAUAGUAACCAUAAUUGUCGUCCCGCUCGAUCAUCUGCGCCUGCACCGACCGUGACCUCGGGACGCCUCGCUACAUAGUACUUGCACCUAGUAUUGAGUAAAGUUUACGUUCAACAACUCACCGUAGAUAAUGUCACGCGUGCAGCGAUCCCCGCCUGUGAGUAACAAGAACUUGGAGCAAGUAUCCUCGGACUCCGACAUACCGCAGUCACUCUCCACCAGCCCACAAGGAAAUGUAAAUACCUCUUCCAGAUAUAAACGUCCUCGAGACGAGUCAUUAUCACCUCAAGCUAAAUCACCACCUCUCAACGAACUACAAGGCUUUAAACAUGAGGUUCUCCAAAUGCUAAAGAAAUGGAAAAAUGAACAGGAGACCUAUUUUAAAAAGAUACUGGAUGGUCAGGCCUCUUCAGUGACGAAACUGGCUUCCGACAUAGCUGAAUUAAAAUCUCAAAAUGCUAGUAUUCAGAAAUCAAAUAUGGAGAUUGAGAAGACUGUCAGUUUUAUCAGUAAGCAAUAUGACGACAUACUGAAUCAAAUGGAGAUAUUAAAAAGAGAAAAAACUGCUUAUAAGGAUAGCUUUCAAGCAAUGGAAGCUAAAAUUCAAGAUCUCCAGGUAUCCUCACGUUCAUCUACUGUCGAGAUCCGCAAUGUUCCCCCCUCGAAAGAGAAAGAAACUAUGGCAGAUUUAACUAAUAUCGUUAACAAAAUUGGAACCGCAAUAAAUGUACCCAUAAAUUCCUUGCACAUACGGGACGUUUACAGGCUCCCUGGAAAAUCGGGAUCCACCAGACCGAUAAUUACUGAAUUCGCCAGCGUACAGACUAAACUCGAAUUUCUCACAUCAGUUAGAAAUUUCAAUAAGAAGUCGAAUAAAGAGGAACGACUAAGCACACAAAUCCUUGGUAUCAUUGGCGAUCGCUGCCCAAUAUAUAUUGCCGAAUAUCUUCCUCCGAGUGUCAGAAAACUAUUCUACGCUGCGAGGCAAUUUGCUAAAAUAAAACAGUUUAGUUACUGCUGGACCAACAAUGAGAAUGUUUUUCUACGAAAAAGCGAAGGCGACAAACAGAUACUCGUAAAAACGGAACAAAUGCUACGCGAUAUGGAAGUGAAUCAAUGACUUUUUAUAAUCAUAGC